CGCCUAGAAAACGCAAUUUACGGGCAAAAGAAGUCAAAAAAGGACCGCAGAAAGCAAAGCAGACACUAAUCAAUAAAAAAUGUCGAAGCUAAUCGAAAUAGGGACGAAGAUAAUCUGCGUUGGUCGUAACUAUGCUAACCACGCCAAAGAACUUGGCAAUCCGAUCCCCAAAGAACCUGUUCUGUUUAUGAAACCAACAUCUUCUUAUUUAGUCAAUGGAGGUACCAUUCAAAUCCCAUCUUCUAUGCAACAUCUUCACUAUGAAGCUGAACUUGCUGUCGUUAUUGCCAAGAAAGCUCGCGAUGUUCCUGAAUCUUCCGCCAUGGAUUACAUUGCAGGUUAUGCUUUUGGACUUGAUAUGACAGCGAGGGAACUUCAAUCAUCAAUUAAGGCUGCAGGCCUUCCAUGGUUAUUGGCUAAAGGACAGGACACGUUUACACCCAUCAGUGAAAUGAUUCCCAAAUCUGCAGUGCCUGAUCCUCACAACCUGGAGUUGUGGCUUAAGGUCAAUGGAGAAGUGAAGCAGAAGGGAUCAACAAAAGAUAUGAUAUUCUCGAUCCCAUUCCUCGUCAGCCAUAUUAGUUCUUUUGUCACCCUUCUGGAAGGAGAUGUGAUCCUAACAGGCACUCCAGAAGGUGUUGGUCCAGUCAAACCAGGUGAAAAGAUAACUGCUGGUAUAACAGGUCUCAUAGACGUUAAUUUUAAUGUUGAAAAACGGAGCGUGCCUGUAAGUAAUUGAUUGCCAAAAUUUGGCGUAUUACUUCUUGUGGAAGCAAUAACAGAGUUUAUUACUGAACUCUUCAUUGAGCGAGACGUUAGCUAAGAUCUUUCAAUAAGAUAGAAGAUAGCUCAGUUUUUUGGGUCAUGUAACAAAAUCUUCUCUGUUUUAAGGAUGAUACUAGUACAGUAAACAUGCGAUGUGCGGUUUGUAAUCUAAUAUAUACAUAUAUAAAGGAGGCACUUUUGCUGAGA